AUGUUGACUGCUACUGCCCAUUUUUGGUGGGGAGGAGCACUUCAAAGGAUGAUUGAUGAAGGAGUGCGCUUGAAUUGGGAUAACUUCAAGAGGACCUUCCUUGAGAAGUAUUUCCCGGAUGAUGUGAGGAGUCAGAAGGAAGUGGAAUUCCUUGAGCUGAAGCAAGGGAAUGAUAUAGUGGUAGAGUAUGCUGCAAAAUUUGAUGUUUUGGUUCACUAUUAUACUCACUACCAUGGUGAGGGUGGUGAAAGGGCUAAGUGCAUUAAGUUCGUGAAUGGCCUUCAUCUUGAGGUGAAGACAACAAUCAAUUAUCAAGAGAUUUAUCACUACCUGACGCUUGUCAACAAGUGUAGAAUCUAUGAUCGUGACAAUCGUGCACGUCCUGCUUUCUACAAGGGAACUAGAGGUCCUAUGCAUGCUGCAAGUUAUGGUAGGAGUAAACCUUACUCCACUUCUACUAAGUUCCAAGGGAGUCGAUCUGCUGCUAGUGGGAGCAAGCCUUAUGUUGGGGGUCUGUUGGGAGUGGCACAAGGAGUGUUGGAGGCUCCGUUUCUACUCUCGCGGAUCGAUGCAAGAAGUGUGGACGGCGAGCCACAUUAG